AUGGCGUCCACUGAGAUCGUUCAACAACCUGCCUUGGCACCUCUCCAAGAAGUUUCUGAAUCUGCCGGCUUGUCCCAGGCUCUCAAAGAUUGUGCUGCCGGUACUUUUGGCGGUAUUAUGCAAGUGCUUGUAGGCCAGCCCUUCGAUACCGUCAAAGUGCGUCUUCAAACACAAUCAAUGGCCAACCCUGUAUACAGCGGCACAAUGGAUUGUGUACGAAAGACUUAUCAACGUGAAGGUUUUGGAGGCUUUUACAAGGGUACAGCCACUCCCCUUGUCGGCAUUGGUGCUUGUGUUUCAAUCCAGUUCGUCGUCGUUGAAUCCAUGAAGCGUCAUUUUUCAGAAAAGAAUCGUGGUGAUCCUUUGACCAACGCACAAAUGUACAUGGCUGGUGCUGCUAGUGGUGUUGCCAACUCGGUUGUAUCAGGUCCUGUUGAGCAUAUUCGUACUCGUCUUCAAGUGCAAACUGCUGGCAAUGGUUUCAGUGGACCUAUUGAUGCUAUUCGACAAAUUUAUCGCUCGCAUGGCUUGGCUGGUAUCUACAAAGGACAAGGUAUUACUAUGGCUCGUGAAUUCCAAGGAUAUGGUGCCUACUUUUUCGCUUACGAGUGGCUCGUGCGCAACUCUAUGGAGCGUAACAACUUGAAGUCACGUGCAGACCUUCCUACUUGGGAAGUCAUGCUUUAUGGUGCUGGUGCAGGUUAUGCCAUGUGGGGAACCAUUUACCCUAUGGAUGCUGUCAAAUCCAAGCUUCAAACCGAUGGCUUCUCUGGAUCUGCUAAGAAGUAUUCAUCCGCUCUCGACUGCGUACGUAAGACUUUGGCUACUGAAGGUGCUGCUGGUUUCUUCCGUGGUAUUGGUCCCUGUUUGCUUAGAGCUGCACCUUCCAAUGCAGCCACUUUUAUGGGCUUCGAGUUUGCCAUGCGUCUUCUCUCCUAA